AUGCCGUGUUCAAAAUGUCACAAGCACAGAGGACAAGCGCGAAGGUUCGUGUGUUUACACGACUCAGACCACUUUUUAGCUCUGAGAAGAAACAUCAAUGACAAAGUUGUGCUCAAUGCGGAUUCAUGCAAUAUUCAGCGACAAGAAGGCCACCUGUGUGGGUGGACAGUAUCGCCGGAGCAAACGCAGAUUUACCCGAUAACCAAUCCCGGGGCGCAGUGCGACCUUGAAGAACAGCUUUUGCCACAUGCCAUUGAUAAGAACGGCCAUUUAGUCUACCAGUUUGACAGAUGCUUUGAUGACACAGCGUCAACGAAGGAGAUUUUCGAGUGGAUUGCGAAGCCUUUGAUUGAGCCCCUUCUCAAUGGAGUAAACGGCAGCAUCCUAACUUAUGGUCAGACGGGCAGUGGCAAGACUCACAGUAUCUUUGGUACCUUCAAGGACGCCGGCUUGAUCGAGCUCGCCGCCAGAGGUUCAAGGACACAAACCCCCAACGCGGGUCGAGAAAUACAUGACCGACCAGGAACAAUAUUUACAGUCAAGGUCUCUUACAUUGAGAUAUAUAUGGAGCGUGUGAACGAUCUUCUCCAAGACGGACAAAGAGGCAACAAAUAUCAAGCGGAAAAUCUGCCGGUCAAGGAGGAUCCCUUCAAAGGCUUCUACGUUCAGGGCAUGCACGAGCAGGAAGUAGAAACGGUGUCGGAUGUGCUUCACACGUUGCAACAAGCUGAUCGGAAGAGGAGGUUUGCGAGGACUGAUUUCAACGCAAUGUCAUCCAGGUCGCAUGUCAUCUUUUCGAUCAUUGUGGAAAGCUUUACCCCAGUAGACACAUCGCUGAAGAAUGCCAGAGGAACCGAGGCAGUUGGAAUAUGGAGAACAGCCAGACUAAGCCUGGUGGAUCUAGCGGGAAGUGAAAGACUGGCAAUCCGCCGGCGCCCCUACACAAGCGCACGACUGAGCUCCCAGCCUGAUCUGCAAGCACGAUCGACUCUGGGGGGAAACGCGAAUGUCGCUCUCCUCGUCACGUUGCAUCCGUCACACAAGUACGCCGAUGUCACCCACAACUCGCUCAAGUUCGCCCAACGCGUCGGCUGCCUGAGAGUUCAUGCUCAGACGAACUGUCACACAACAAAGGAACACUCCGUCAUUCUGCGCCAGAAGAAGAUCAUUGAACAGCUUCGGGCAGAGCUACAAAACUCUCAGAAGCAGGUGUGA